GCAGGUGGGGCGGUAACCAGGUGACGUCUUAGACGUGCCCCCUGGCAUCAGAACGACCACAGCUUCCCUCCUCCAGAGGCUGAUGGCCUGAUCUACAGAGAGGGCAGAAAGCUCAGCUCCUUCCUCCACAGGUGGAACCAUCACUGACUGAUCCUGGAAUCAUACCUGCGUUCAUGGAGAACUCAACCUCAUAAGAGGAGGCUCCUCUCUGCCAUGUUUUCCUGGAGCUCAGUGAUGGAUGUGGAGGAGCUGUGCCCGGUGUGUGGAGAUAAAGUUUCUGGAUACCACUACGGCGUCCUCACCUGUGAAAGCUGCAAGGGAUUCUUUAAACGAACUGUUCAAAACAAGAAGGCGUACGUCUGUGUGGGAAAGCAGCAGUGCCAGAUUGAUCAAAGUCAGAGGAAAAGAUGCCCGUUCUGCAGGUUUCAGAAGUGUCUGAAUGCUGGGAUGCGUCUGGAAGCUGUCCGCGCAGAUCGGAUGAGAGGAGGAAGAAACAAGUUUGGGCCCAUGUACAAGCAGGACCGCGCCGCCAAGCAGCAGAGGAAAGCUUUGGUUCAAGCCAGCAGGCUGAGCCCCCCCUCCACCCACCAACCCAGAACCAUCCCCCCCUCUGCAGCCCUGCCCUGCAGCCCACCUGCUGAUCCACAGAACCAGAACCCCUCUCCUUCUCACUGGGCCUGGAGGUUAGAGCACCGCAAUGACCGAGCAGCCUGGAUCAUCUCUCCACAGGGCCCAGAGCCCAGAGCUGUCACCGCAGAAGGUCAGAGGCCCCCGGUUCUGAUCCGGUGUCUGUGCUGGGAUCCACCUGAGCAGCAGGGCAGCACCUGCAGAGAGAGCGGCUCCUGGGCUUCAGGAUCCGCUCUGGCCGACCAGCUGCUGUGCUCCCUGGUGGAGUGGGCCCGGACCUCCAUCUUCUUCAAGGAGCUGAAGGUCUGUGACCAGAUGAAGCUGCUGCAGAGCUGCUGGAGUGAGCUGCUGGUUCUGGAGAUAAUCUCCAGGAAGGUUCUUUACAGCACGGAUGGUGACCAGCCACUCAUCACUGGACAGCAGGUGGAGCUGUCAUGUCUAAUCCCUGACGGUGGCCCUGUGUUUGCCAGCCUGGCCCAAAGAGGGGCGGAGCUGGUGGAGAAGCUUCGGAUGCUGAAGGUGGAUUAUCAGGAGUUUGUAUGCACCAAGUUCCUAAUCCUGUUUAACCCUGACGUGAAGGACCUUGAAGAACAGCAGUUUGUGGAUAGAGUUCAGCAGCAGGUUAAAGGAGCCCUGAUGGAGUACAUGAUGACCACCUCCUCUCCGCCCUGCAGCCGUUUCCCUUCUCUGCUGCUGUGUCUUUCUGAGCUCCGCUCUCUGAGCAUCCUGGCUGAAGACUACCUGCACCGCAGACAUCUGCGCGGUGAGGUGACCUGCAACAACCUGCUGAAUGAGAUGCUGCACGCCAAGUGCAGCUGCACAUGAACAUCCAGCUGUAGAGCUAUGGCCGUUCCAGAAGAACCUGCAGGAUUUGAAAUGAUCCACAUGUUGUUACUG